AUGUUCGGCAUACUGAAAGAUUACCGGAUGAGGCUGAACCCGAUGAAAUGCCCCUUCGGUGUAUCUUCCGGGAAGUUCCUCGGAUUCAUAAUUAGUCACAGGGGUAUAGAGGCGAAUCCCGAAAAAAUAAAAGCCAUCAUCGACAUGGAGAGACCAAAGACGACAAAGGACAUUCAAAGCCUUACCGGACAAGUGGCUGCCUUGACUCGCUUUAUAUCAAAGGCUACCGACAAGUGUGUACCGUUCUUUAAAGCCUUGAAAGGGGGCAAACGGAAUAUCAUAUGGACUGCCGAAUGUGAUCAAGCGUUUCAAGACUUAAAAGACUACAUGGGCAAAGCACCCCUUCUGUCAAAACCACUACCUGGGGAGACUCUCUAUCUAUACCUUUCGGUAUCUAGCACUGCCGUCAGUUCGGUAUUGAUCCGAAAACCAGAGAGGGCAGAGCUACCGAUUUUCUAUGUCAGUAAGGCACUCCAGAGCGUUGAACUUCGGUAUCCCCCAUUGGAGCAGCUUGCACUAGCCCUGGUAGUCUCGGCACGAAGACUUCGGCCGUACUUCCAAGCACACGAGAUCAAAGUCCUGACUAAUCAACCGUUUCGGCAAGUGCUCCAAAAAUCGGAGACUUCUGGCCGAUUGAUCAAGUGGGCGAUUGAACUCGGAGAAUUCGAUAUACAAUUCAUGCCAAGGCCCGCCGAAAAGGGUCAAGCCAUUGCCGAUUUCAUCUCUGAGCUCACCCCAUCAACGACACAGGAAAUAUCCGAGCCAGUUACUGAAAUCGGAACGCCGAUGGAAGUAGACACCGAACGAUUCGACACCUUAAAUCCCGUAUGGAUUCUGCACGUCGAUGGCUCGGCAAACCAACAAGGGUGCGGAGCAGGCUUGGUACUGACAACACCGGAGGGACUCAAGAUCGAGUACGCCCUCCGAUUCAACUUCCGAACCUUCAACAAUGAAGCAGAAUAUGAGGCUCUCUUGGCCGGCCUUCGGCUAGCCAAGAGCAUGAAUGCAAAGCAAAUCAGGAUUCACAGUGACUCCCAGCUCAUUGUGAACCAGGUAACGGCAGACUUCGUGGCCAGAGACGCCUCCAUGAACGCCUACCUUUCGUCUACCCACCAGCUGCUCCAGAGCUUCCGAGCCUAUGAGAUUAAGCAGAUCCCCAGAAGCAAAAACAGCCAUGCCGAUGCAUUGGCACAGCUAGCUUCGGCAAUCAAUGAUAAGGUCGGAAGAAGGGUGCCGGUGGAAAUUCUCGCCCGACCGAGCACGGUUGCAGACGAAAUAUGUACUGUUCGGUAUGAAGAUACGUGGAUGUCUCCUAUCUACUCGUACCUGGCCAACAACACCCUUCCAAAAGACAAGGCCCAGGCCCGAAAGCUUAGGUACCGAUCGGCAAGGUACACCGUCAUCAACGACGUCCUUUACAAACGUGGUUACUCAACUCCAUAUCUCAAGUGCCUAACGGCAGAACAGGGGGGCUACGUCCUCCGGGAGAUACACAAUGGGGUAUGCGGCGACCAUUCCGGGUCCUGCUCACUCGCACACAAAGCCUUUCGGCAGGGAUACUUUUGGCCGACCAUGCACCAAGACGCCAGUUCGCUAGUGAAGAAAUGUGAUAAAUGUCAGCGCUUCGGCAACAUACAGCAUAUUCCCGCCGAACCCCUGACACCGAUCGUGAGUCCCUGGCCUUUCGCACAAUGGGGUUAUCCGAUCGUGAGUCCAAUGCCGCAAGGUAAAGGCCAGGUGAAAUACGCUGUGGUUGCCGUUGACUACUUCACCAAAUGGGUAGAAGCCGAACCUCUUGCAACCAUAACGGCAGUAAGGGUAGAAGACUUUGUCUGGACUCACAUUUGUUGCCGCUUCGGUAUCCCAUAUGCAGUCAUUACCGACAACGGCAGGCAGUUCGAUUCGGAGCUCUUCAGGCAAUUUUGCACCCGCCUGAAAAUCAACUUGUUGUUCGCAUCACCAGCGCAUCCCCAGUCAAACGGCCAGGUAGAAGCAAUCAACAAAAUCAUCAAGAAACUGCUGAAACGGCAGCUGGACAAGGCCAAAGGAGCCUGGCCAGAAAAGCUUCCCGAGGCGCUCUGGGCCAUUCAGACCUCCUACCAAACGUCCACGUGA